UGCUUCGGUCAGUUACCACGCAGUCGCGGCGUUAAACGGCGUCCCGGUUGCGCCUUCAGUUGGCGCGCUUCAUUCUAUCUAACCAUCAUUCAUUACUUAACAUCAUUAUUCACCAGACAUUUUUACUAUUUCCCGCUAUUCACAUCGUCAUCCACGUUCUCAAAACAAUUAUUGUCAUGCUGCAGUGUUUUGGAAGUGUUCAUUUGAUUGUUUCAGUUGAGUAAGAUUUUUUGCUGAAAAAAAGGUGCAAUAUUGUGAAGACUUCUUUUUAAAACUUCAUUCAAAGUCGUUCUUGUUGUUUAUUUGUUAUCAUGGGGUUAUAAGCGGAUGAACGGCGUGAGAAGUUAAGAGUAAAUUAGAGAUAGGAAGUGCGCGAGCAAGCAACAACAAUAACGACAAAAGAAGGAUAGAACAUUAAAAAGAGACAAAAAGAGGAAAUAAAGAUUUAACGAUGGUCGUCGAAUGGUUAUGCCCUGGAAUGAGGCCCACUGGUAGUCGUAGGCCUCGGAUUCUUCAUUGCAAGGUCAUCCUUCUUGACGAGCACGAGUUACUGCAGGACGUGUUGAGCUCUAACAUGGGUCAAGAAUUGCUGGAUCGUGUGUUUCGACAUCUUAAUCUAUUAGAAACAGCCUACUUUGGACUUCGCUAUUUGGAUCACGAAAAUCAGACGCAGUGGCUUGAUCCAAGCAAGAAAAUCGGCAGACAGUUGAAGAUUCGGAAGGGAUACACAUCGACCCAGGAUUCAACCUCUGACACUCAUACGCUUUAUUUUGGCGUGAAAUUCUAUGCCGCAGAUCCUUGUAAACUCAUCGAGGAAAUCACAAGGUAUCAAUUUUUUCUUCAAGUAAAGCAAGACAUUCUUCGUGGCAGACUACCUGUUUCUUUCGAUCUUGCUGCUGAAUUAGGUGCAUACGUAGUUCAAUCGGAACUGGGUGAUUAUGAUCCAAGGAGGCAUUCGCCUGGCUACGUUACCGAGUUUCGAUUCCUGACUAAUCAAACAGCAGAGCUAGAGGCUAGAAUAGUUGAACUCCAUAAAACUUUUAUUGGUCAAGAUCCUUCAAUAGCUGAACUGAAUUAUUUGGACAAAGUCAAAUGGCUUGAGAUGUAUGGAGUUGAUUUACAUCCAGUGUUAUUUGAGGGUGAGGACAACGUAGAGUACUAUUUGGGUCUGACCCCAAGUGGCAUUAUACUACUACGGAACAAAACCAAAGUAGGCAAUUACUAUUGGCCACGUAUUAAUAAAAUAUAUUAUAAGGGUAGAUAUUUUAUGCUUCGUGUGAGCGAGAAAAACUCUGAAGAGCGUACGCAUGGAUUUGAAACCCCUUCGAAAGGUGCUUGUCGACAUCUUUGGAAAUGUUGUCAAGAGCAUCAAGCAUUCUUCAGAUUAAUGGCUACAGGACCACCCCCUAUGAGUCCAUAUUCACGUUUUCGAUCAUACAGUCCACCUUCUGAAAAACAUCAACAAGGUUCAAUUCGACGAAAUCCUCCCCCAGUUUUUCAACGUACUCCAAGUCGUCGUGCUCAACGACGAAUAGUAGAAGGUCAGGAAAUGGUGAGACCAUUUAUUGAAACACCUGCAGUCGAUCGAAACACAUCUAUCAAUUCUGCAAACUGCAAUACCAGACACAUUAGUAAUUCCAGUCCCAGGAGUAUUCGGAGCGCACCAUGGACUCAAUCUCGAAGUCUUUAUACUUCUUCAAGUCCUCGAUCUGUUCGGUCUGCUGGGACAGCUCCUGGAAUGCUUAACCGAAUACACAGACGAAGCAGUUCCGUGGAAAGUCAAAGCUCCGGUGACAGUCAUAGUCGUAGUGGUCAUCGUAGAAGAAGUCAUAGUCAUAGUCACAGACGUCAUAGUAGACAUUCAGAUUGUGAAUCCGAACUCUCCAGAGGAUCUGAUAGUAGAUCCGGUCAUCGGAAGCAUCGCCGGAAGCAUAGAAGCUCUCGAAAUUCACGCCAUGAACUGGUUGAUUCAGAACCACAAUGGAGAGAAGUUCAAAAACAAAAGGCUGAAGGAGUCCAAAGAGCAGUGGUAAAUGUAAGUCAUACGGAACCAAGGAGACGUCACAGAAGUAGGCAUAGAAGUCCGUCACAAAAAUUACCACACGAACUUAGAAAACAUUUCGAGUUUGGGCUCAUCGAUACAACAGGAAUGACUGAGCAACAACGACGAGAAAUUCCUUAUACUGUAGUACAAACGCAAGCAAUCUCUCAAAACUAUUCAUUGUCUAGUAAUUUACGUUUAGACAUUGAUACAACAUCUUCAGUUAGAGCUAUUGGAACUUUCGACAAGAAGGAUAAACAUGUUCCACAUAGACGCGAAGGAAAUUAUGAUUUACUAUCGACACGAUCCAGUGGCUUUGAACCAAAUUACACUACAACGCGAACUUUUCAUAAUCAAAGGAAGGAUUAUGAUUCCACUAUGCGUAAUAGCAGAAUAUUGAUUGGAAGUAAUGCUGACAGUGGAUUGGGUGAAAGUACAACCCAGGAUUUUUCAAGUUGCUGUUCAAGUUCUGCUGAUAGCACAAAAAUAACAAAACCGCCACAUCUACAGCUUAAGAGCGAAGGAAUUUAUGAUCUAUCUUCAAAUCAAGAAGUUUUGCCAAUUGAUGCAACUUUAGAUGCGGUUCUUCAACCUAUAUUAUCGACUCUUACAAGACGGCCUAAAAAUUUCACAAAAUGAAUCUGGAUCCUCUGCCUUUAUAUCAUGAAAUGUUCAAUAUUAUAAAUUAUUCGUUUUUUGUACAUUUUCAUGGAUUUUUAACAGUAAAAAAUUCCUAGU